GCUAAAUCUUUUAUUUGAUGCCAUAAUUCUCGUCGUCGCCGGAAAGUGUGGGAGAAACAACAACAACAACAGCGACGACGCCGCAGCCGGCCGGGAGGUGGUGGACAUGAAAUCCAAUAAUGUCUCCCCACCCGACAAGGAAAAGACGGCGGCGGCGGCGGAGGGCGUUUUAGGAUACCCCGCCCCCAAACAGCCCCUUAAUAAUCCUCCUCUUCCUCGUCAUCAUCACCAAUAUCCCCCGACGACCAAUAACCACCCUCUCCACGCCUACGCGCCGCCGCACCCCUACCCCGCCGCCGGCGGCCCCCACGGAGUAUAUCCCCCCAAUCAAUACCCUUCCCCCACGCCAAACCUUCCACAUCACCCCGGGUAUAAUAAUAAUUACACCUCCACCCCUCUUCGCUCCUCGCCGCCGCCGCCGCCGCACCUCCUGGAAUACGAGGCCCGCCGGAGCUUCGCAUUUGCGCGGGUGAUUCUCUGCCUCAUGGUUUUCUUGAUCCUCAUGACCUCCGUCAUGAGCCUCUUGACCUACAUUGUCUUCGGCUCCGACAUCCCCACCUUCGAAGUCGCCACGUUCGCCGUCCCGUCGUUCAACUUCACCGCCGCCGGGAAGAGCACCCUCACCGCCGCGUUCGAGGGCGGGGUCGCGGCGGAGAACCCGAACCACAAGCUCGACAUCACGUUCCAGCACGUGGAGGUCGGGGUGGGGUACCGCCAGCUGGCCGUCAUAGCCAAGAAGCAGAUUGAGCCGUUCGAGCUCAAGAGGGACGCCAGGAUGGUUUUGAAAACGGCGCCGCUUGCCACUCCGGCGGGGGGGUUCGGGGACGCCGGAGAGAUUUGGUUGAAGGAUAUGAAAAGUGAGUACGACCGGGACCGGAGCGUGACGUUUGACCUAAUGUUGACGGUGGUGGCGACGUUCAAGUCGGGGUCGUCAUGGAGCCGGCGGACAAUUUUUAAGGUUGUUUGCGCCGGCCUGAAGACGGAGUUUAAGGAUCCGGGCGGUGCCGGAGUUUGGGAUGGCGUUAAACCGGCGUGCAUGGUUUUCGGUUGAACCCACAAAAAAAAUACUUUUUUUGUGGUCAAAGUUUUAAGGUCAAAGUUUGUACAUUUGAUCUUGUUUCCUGAAUAGUGUAAAUUCUUCUAAUUUUAAGGUCAAAGUUUGUACAUUUGAUCUUGUUUUUUUGUUGAAAAUACAUUAAGUUGUAUUUC